CAAUUUCUCUUUUUCUUUUGUCUUUUUAAUACAAAAAACUCCCCACUCUUUUUUACACUUUUUCUUUCUCUUCUCUACAUUAAAUCAUGGCUUCAAGACUUCUCACAAGAGCAAAGCCUCUUACUACACAUACUUUUCGCGAUGCUGCCAAAGUUGCACCCAUCGGUCUCCGAUCUUAUGCUUCUGAUAACAAGAAACUGAACAAGUUUAGUUCUGUUAUUACUCAACCCAAGAGUCAAGGUGCCUCUCAAGCCAUGUUGUAUGCUACUGGUUUAACUGACGAAGAUAUGAAUAAGGCCCAAGUCGGUAUUUCUAGUGUCUGGUACGAAGGUAAUCCUUGUAACAUGCACCUUUUGGAUUUAGCUGGCGAAGUCAAGAAGGGUGUUAAGGAAGCUGGUCUUAUUGGUUACCGCUUCAACACUAUUGGUGUCAGUGAUGGUAUCUCCAUGGGUACUCGUGGUAUGAGUUUCUCUCUUCAGUCUAGAGAUUUGAUUGCUGACAGUAUCGAAACUGUCAUGGGUGGCCAAUGGUACGACGCCAAUAUCUCUAUUCCUGGUUGUGACAAGAACAUGCCUGGUGUCUUAAUGGCCAUGGGUCGUGUAAACCGUCCUUCAUUGAUGGUCUAUGGUGGUGCUAUUCAGCCUGGUCAAGGCUGUGGUGGUGGCAAGUUAGAUAUUGUUUCUGCUUUCCAAGCUUAUGGUGAGUAUGUUGCAGGCUCCAUUAAUGAAGAUCAACGUUACGAUAUCAUUCGUCAUGCUUGUCCUGGUCCCGGUGCUUGUGGUGGUAUGUACACUGCUAACACAAUGGCCUCUGCUGCUGAAGCUAUGGGUAUGACUUUGCCUUACUCCUCAUCUACUCCUGCUACCUACCCUGAAAAGAUUGCUGAAUGUCAUAAUGCUGGUCAUGCCAUUCGCAACUUAUUAGAAAAGGAUAUUAAGCCUCGCGAUAUCAUGACUCGUGCUGCAUUUGAAAACGCCAUGGUUCUUACUAUGGCUCUUGGUGGUAGUACCAACGUUGUUCUUCACUUGAUUGCUAUUGCAAAGAGUGUUGGUGUCAAGUUAACUUUGGAUGAUUUCCAAGUUGCCAGUGAUAAGACACCCUUCUUGGCUGACUUGAAGCCCAGUGGUAAAUAUGUCAUGGAAGAUAUUCAUACUAUCGGUGGUAUUCCUGCUGUUCUCAAGUACUUGAUGCAAGAAGGUCUUGUUGACGGUAAUGUUUUGACUGUCACUGGUAAAUCUCUUGAAGAGAACUUGCACUCUCUCCCUGGUCUUCCUCAUGGCCAAGAUAUCAUUCGUCCUCUCUCAAACCCCAUCAAACCCUCUGGCCACUUGCAAGUUCUCCGCGGUAACUUGGCUCCUGAAGGUUCUGUUGCCAAAAUUACUGGUAAAGAAGGUCUGCAAUUCACUGGCAAGGCCCGUGUCUUUGACGGUGAAGAAAAGUUCAUUACUGCUCUCGAAAAUAAUGAAUUCAAGAAGGGUGAAAAGACAGUUGUUGUCAUCAGAAAUGAAGGUCCUAAGGGUGGUCCUGGUAUGCGUGAAAUGUUGAAACCUUCUUCAGCCAUCAUGGGUGCUGGUUUAGGUCAAGACGUUGCACUUUUGACUGAUGGUCGUUUCUCUGGUGGAUCUCACGGUUUCAUCAUUGGUCACGUUUGUCCUGAAGCUUAUGUUGGUGGUCCUAUUGGUUUAGUCAAGGAUGGUGAUGAAAUCACUAUUGACGCUGAAUCUCGUGAAAUGAACAUGAAUGUUUCUGACGAAGAACUUGCUGAACGUAAGAAGAACUUUGUUCCUCUUCCUCCUAAAUAUACCAGAGGUACUCUUGCUCGUUAUGUCAUGACUGUCAAGAGUGCUAGUGAAGGUGCUGUCACUGAUGAAUUAUAAUUAUAUUAAAAUAAACUAAAAAAAAAGUUGUGUAUUAUAUGAAAGAUCAA